CGCGCAGAGCUCUCGGGCGAGACACAGAGCGCCGUACCGGGAACAAACCCGAGUGCGAUGUUUUGUCGAAAUAUAAAUUACAAAAGUAAAGACGCUGUGCUGUGACGCAACGGAAGAUGACGGGAGGCGCGGAAGACAAGAAAACUAAAAGUAGACGGAACCUGGCAAGCGAACGCAGUAAUUAAAGCCUCUCAUAAUCCUAUGGAAAACUUGAACAGUGCGAAAACUCUGGAUGUCGACUGGACUCACUAACCACCUUUGGUGGGAGAGUAGCUGAUUUGCUACUUUGAUAUGAAUAACAAAGUUGAUUUUGUACUGCUUGGUCUGAGCGAUUCUCUUUUUAAAAACUCGCUUUUUUAAUCUGGAUUUGAAAUAUAUGGCAGAGGAAGAUUAAAGUCAUGAACCGGGACAUAGCGGUACAGGGACCUGGGGGGGAUUGUGUUCAGAGAUUGAUAAAUCGAGGGGGGACCGUUGCGUGCCCCGCUGCAGGAUUCCAGCCUUCAAUGACGAGAGAAGAACCGGUACCGAGCUUUAACGAGGAAGGAGUCCAACCCAUGCUCAGCCCGGAUCAUUUGGACACGCAGAAUGGAGCAACAGCGGGUGAAAAACGGUUGUUCUCCGGCACGCUGUCCGGGAUCAGAGACAGUCAUGCACAGAGCCACUCGGAAACUCCACCGACAAACCCGGUUUUAGUCCCACCGCAGCAGGGUCCAACCGGUCAUCGGACUACCUCAUUCUCCGUCUUGGACAUUCUGGACCCCAACAAAUUCACCAGCUGUCGGAGACUCGCACUACAGCAGAGCAGCCAGGCGGAUGACCAGCACUUGGUCGCGCAAAGUGGAGACGUCAGAAGGGGGCCCGCUGGUGAAUCCGAAGCCGGCCUCGAGCCCAAUUAUGGCGCACGGGAAUACCACAGUAAGAGCGAUUUUAUGGUUGUCAACCGACAAAUCUACUCACCUCACUUCGACGUUUUGGAAAUUGUAUCAGUUGAAUUUGUUCACAUAUUUUCAAUUUUAUUUGUUCAUUUCGUUUUGCAAACAUUAUUUCAGAUAUAUGCACGGAUCCGUUUAAAAUGGAAAUCGAUCAUGAUCUAAGUUUAAUGUUUUCAAAACUGAUACACAUAUUAAUACUUCAUCUUAAAAUUGAUAUUUUACCAACGACUGUCAAAAUACCCCCCUUAUAUCGUGUUUCAGGAAUAAUAUAUAG